AUGGCUUUGCAAACGGUGGACCACGUCGCUGUCAGCCUUGAUGCUCCUAACGUCGACCCCCUACAAGGGACUAAGUACGACUUCAAGAGGGACCUUGUGGGCUACGGGAGAGACUCUAUUCAUCCGCGCUGGCCAAAUGAUGCCAAGAUUGCCGUUUCUUUCGUCAUCAAUUAUGAAGAAGGCGCUGAGAGAUCGCUUUUGAAUGGCGACGGGCAGACCGAGAGUGUCCUGUGGGAACAGCCUCAUGUUCCAGAUCGCAUUGGAUCAAGGGAUCCCAAGAUCGAAAGCGACUAUGACUAUGGCGCUCGUGUAGGGGUCUGGCGUCUUCUGAACAUGUUCGAAGAAAACAACAUUCAAACCACUAUCAACGCUGUCGGCCAGGCUCUUGAGAAAAACAGACCCCUCGCCCACAGUCUGGUGGCAGGUGGCCAUGAGAUCGCUAGUCACGGUUAUCGCUGGAUUCCUUAUCACAAUAUGACACCAGAGGAGGAGAAGCAGUACAUGCUGCGGCAAAUGCAAUCCUUGAAAGCCACAACUGGUACAUAUCCUUCGGGAUGGUUUGUCGGGCGAUGUUCGUCUCACUCAAAAGCCUUGAUUCACGAAGUCCACGAAGAGCUGGGGGUGCCCUUACUUUAUGAAGCGGAUUGCUUUUCAGACGACCUCCCAUAUUGGGCUGAUGUGCCUGCCGAGAAAAACACGGAUCAACCCAAAGGCAUGCUAAUGCUCCCUUAUAGCUACGACAACAACGACCUGAAAUACCAGAUCGCCCCUGGUACAUGGGGCUCUUCGGGCGCCUUUUUUGAGUACCUGAAGAGUUCUUUUGACGUCCUCUAUGCUGAAGGACUCAAGGGUCGACCAAAGAUGAUGACGAUCGGCUUGCAUUGCAGGAUUAGCGGCAAGCCUGGCAGAUUCGCUGCGGUGCAGUCUUUCGUCCAAUAUGUUCAGCAGCAGCCUGAUGUUUGGAUUACGACCCGAAAAGAUAUCGCGCUGCAUUGGCAUACAACUUUCCCUUAUGUCAGGAACAAUGCACCGCUCGAUAGCAUUGUGAACGAGCUCAAGCCAGAUGUUCCAAAAGUCGACAAUCUUGUCUAUGCCCGAAUUUGA